AUGCUCACCUUUCGCCGCGCGCUUGUCGUGGCUGCCGUCAUUAUCACAUGCUUCUUGCUGCUCCGGAAUACACACGCCCCGCAACCAAACGCGCUGAAAAUCAACAAGUCGCCCAAGCCCACGGGCUCCUACGCCGACAACCGCAAGAUCGUCGAGGCCUCAUCAGAAGCACCACAUCCCGCUCCCGAACAGGCUCAUGCCGCGACCUCCGCGACCUCCAACCGCGAUGGUGACCGUGUUGCAAUGGCCAAGAAACCGCGUCCGCAAAUCCCAAUGGCCGACCUACAAUUACAACCGCUCCGCAAGCAGCUCGCUUAUGCCUUUCCUUACGAUCCCGAGGGCAAGUUCCCCGCCUACAUAUGGCAGACGUGGAAGUAUGCUCCUUCCUCUGGUGAAUUCGCGGAGGAGUUGAGACCAGCAGAGGCUUCGUGGACCCAGCUCCAUCCCAGCUUCGUACAUGAAGUCAUCACCGAUGAUGUUGCCGUCAACAUGAUUCGACACUUUUACGCCAGCCUGCCGGAAGUGCAGGAAGCAUACAAUGCCCUCCCGGCGCCCGUGCUCAAGGCCGACUUCUUCCGUUACUUGAUCCUGCUCGCCCGAGGCGGCAUCUACAGUGACAUUGACACGACCGCCUUGAAGUCGGCCGUGGAAUGGGUGCCCGCCGAAGUCCCACGGAGCAGCUAUGGACUGGUCAUUGGCAUCGAAGCCGACCCUGAUCGUGAGGAUUGGCAUGAGUGGUACUCUCGGAGGAUUCAGUUCUGCCAAUGGACCAUCCAAAGCAAGCCCGGACACCCUGUACUGCUGGACAUUGUUGCAACGAUUACGGAGGAGACAUUGCGGAGAAAGAAGGCUGGCGAGCUCACCUCGAAGAACAUGAAGCAGGUCAUGAAGAACGUUGUGGAGUUUACCGGACCGGCACUUUGGACAGACAUCAUCUUCAAGUUCUUCAACAACCCGGACUACUUUGACAUGUCGACGAGCAAGGGCAACAUCACGUGGCAGCAGUUCACUGGAAUCACGCAGGCGAAGAAACUGGGUGAUGUUGUURUCCUGCCAAUCACCUCGUUCUCUCCUGGUGUGCAGCAGAUGGGUGCAGGUGACAUUGACGACCCAAUGGCAUUUGUGCAUCACACGUUUGAGGGCAGCUGGAAGCYCGAGAGCGAACGACACAUUGGCGAGCAACAAGAGUAA